GUCGGUGUGAACCCGGACCCGUGGCGGGCGGCAGCGGAUGUUGUGAUUAGCCGCACCCGGACUAGGGGGAGGGCCUCGCCCUGUCCGUCGCUCGCUGUGGGGACCAAAGAUCUUUGGUGGGGACGAGGUGAUUAAAAUGGCAGAGGAGAAGUUCACAUCUGCUCUGGAUCUUGGUAAUGAACAGUCUCGCUCCCCCACAAGCCCAUCACAUCUUACCCAUUUCAAGCCUCUGACUCCAGAUCAAGAGGAACCUCCAUUCAAAUCUGCCUAUAGCUCGUUUGUGAGUCUUUUCCGUUUUAGCAAAGAUGAUGGAAGACCCAAUUCUUCAUACAGGUCGGUGGUACCGCAGCACGAACCACAAGUUACAGGAAUAAAUUGGUCCAACCACCAAAAUGAUGGCCAACCAUAUUUAAGGACACCACCUACCUACAAUAAAAAAUGCACAGGAGAAAACAGGAGAGCAUCUAGUGCAUCAAUGGUCAAAUCUCAAGGUGCAGAUGGUCAUAGGAAGCCAGAUGUUUCUAUGGGUAGCCAUGAUCCUCGAACAGCAGUACAACUGAGGAGCCUGACUACAGUUUUAAAGCGUUUGAAAGAAAUAAUGGAGGGCAAAAGCCAGGAUACUGACUUGAAGCAGUACUGGAUGCCGGACAGUCAGUGCAAAGAGUGUUAUGACUGCAGUGACAAGUUUACCACUUUUAGACGUCGACACCACUGUCGUUUAUGUGGACAAAUCUUCUGUAGUCGUUGUUGCAAUCAAGAAAUACCUGGAAAAUUUAUGGGUUAUGCUGGUGAACUACGGGCAUGCACGUAUUGCAGGAAAAUAGCUCUGAACUACGCACAUUCCACAGACAGCAGCUCCAUUGGUGAAGAUCUCAGUGUUUUAACUGACUCAACAUAUUCUGUCUCCAUAUUGGAUCCAAGUGAACCUAGAACUCCUGUAAGCGGAAGGAAAGCCAGUAGAAAUAUAUUUUUGGAAGAAGACCUUGCUUGGCAAAGCUUGGGUCAGCAGAAUUCACAGAAUAAUGCUUUGGCCACACGUCUCACAACGGUACAAGAAGAUGCCGGAAAGUCACCUGCACGCAAAAGAUCUGCAAGUAUUACCAAUCUUUCUCUGGAUCGAUCUGCUUCGCCCAUGAUUCCCUCCUACGACACCUCUAUUAGUCCUCAAGCUUCCCGGGCAUACAUCAAAACCGAUCCUAAUGAAGAAGAAAGGAAAAUACUUCUGGAUUCUGUCCAACUUAAAGAUUUGUGGAAGAAAAUCUGCCAUCACAGCACUGGCAUGGAGUUCCAAGAUCAUCGAUACUGGUUGCGAACAUAUCCUAAUUGCAUAGUGGGAAAGGAACUGGUGAACUGGUUGAUUAGAAAUGGACAUAUAACUACACGAGCCCAGGCUAUUGCCAUUUGUCAGGCAUUAUUGGAUGGACGAUGGCUUGACUGUGUAACUCAUCAUGAUCAACUUUUCAGAGAUGAAUAUGCCUUGUACAAGCCUUUACAAAGUACUGAGUUUUCUGAGACACCAUCUCCAGACAGUGAUUCAGUAAAUUCAGUGGAAGGCAAUUCUGAACCAUCGUGGUUUAAAGACAUCAAGUUUGAUGACAGUGAUACUGAGCAGAUGCAAGAUGAUGGAGAAGAAAUCAUGCAAAGCUUUUCCAGCCCUAGCAAGCGUACAUCAGUAAGCAGCUUUCAGUCAGUCAUGGACAGCGACUCUGCAGCCUCUAUCAGCCUAAAUGUGGAAAUGGACAAUGUCAACUUUCAUAUCAAGAAACAUUCCAAGUACCCGUAUGUCCCAACACAUCCAGCAGAUCAGAAAGAAUUCCUGGUAUCUGAAGAUGGAGUUCAACAAAUCAUCGGUAUAAGUGAUGCUUUUAUUAAAGAAUCUCUCUUUAAUCGCCGGGUUGAAGAAAUAUCAAAAGAUCUUCUUUUUACACCACUUGGGUGGCAUCACAGCUCACUGGAACACCUCAGGGAAGAAAAUGGAGAGAAACAAGCUAUGGAGAGACUACUUUCAGCUAAUCAUAGUCAAAUGAUGGCCUUAUUACAGCAGCUCCUGUACAGCGAGUCUCUCUCAUUAUCAUGGAGAGAUAUAAUAGUUCCUGUGGUCCGGCAGGUUGUUCAGACUGUGCAUCCAGAUGUCAAGGAUAAUGACGAUGACAUGGAUAUCCGUCAAUUUGUUCAUAUCAAAAAGAUACCUGGUGGAAAGAAAUUUGAUUCUGCAGUUGUAAAUGGAUUUGUUUGCACCAAAAACAUAGCCCACAAGAAGAUGAACGCCUACAUAAAAAAUCCAAAGAUUCUGCUAUUGAAAUGUUCAAUUGAAUAUCUCUAUCGAGAGGAAACAAAGUUUACAUGCAUAGAUCCCAUUGUUCUACAGGAAAGAGAAUUUCUGAAGAAUUACGUACAGCGAAUAGUGGAUGUUCGACCAAAUCUGGUUCUUGUGGAAAAGACAGUUUCUCGUAUUGCUCAAGAUAUGCUUCUGGAGAAUGGCAUCACCUUAGUUAUUAAUGUAAAGCCUAUUGUGCUUGACCGAGUGAGCCGUGUUACCCAAGGUGACUUAGUUAUGUCAAUGGACCAGCUUCUAACAAAGCCUCGUCUCGGUACAUGCCAUAAGUUUUUUCUUCAGCCAUUCCAGCUCUCUAACGGUCACGCAAAAACGCUUAUGUUUUUUGAAGGAUGUGCCCAACAUUUGGGAUGUACUGUGAAACUAAGGGGUGCAUCAGAAUAUGAGCUAGCAAGGGUGAAAGAAAUUCUAAUUUUCAUGGUCUGCGUAGCUUACCAUUCUCAACUUGAACUUUCAUUCCUAAUGGACGAAUUUGCAAUGCCUCCAAGUUUAUCUAAAAGUGGAUCAAUUAAUUCCAUAAUUGAUGGCGAGACUACGGGUAAUGAUGGACAAGACUUAUUCAAUGAUGAAAAGAUUGGCUAUCUUUCCAAAGACACUGAUGCUGCAAUCGAAGGCAUUUCCUUGGUAUCUGAAUUUACUCAAGCUCCUAGUUUUGAGUGUUCAACAGAAAAUGCGUUUUGUGAGGAAGAUAAACUGAUGAGAAAAAGUGUUUCUCAGGACAGUGUUUUUGCAAAGCCAGAUUGUUCUACGCCUGAUAGCGCACCUCCAGAGUUAGAUGUCCCUUUUUUUGACAUCCAUUCAUCACGAAUAAACUCACUGUCAGCUGAAAAUAAAGAAGACCAAACUCCUCCAGACAAUUAUUGUGCAUUUUUAAACGAACAAUCAAAAUCACUAAAUGACUCUGCGGGGCGUGAUCUGUCAGCGGUGAAUGAGCCUAAACUUUUCCGUGAUCCCCUUCAGGAUGAUACAGAUCUGUUCAUCACUGAACACGUGACUUCCUCUGAAGACAGACUGAAGUCCUAUUCUAUUGCUUUCAAGCAAGAAUUGAAAGAUGUUAUCCUUUGCAUAUCUCCUUUUAUUACAUUCAGAGAACCUUUCCUAUUGACUGAGAAAGGCAUGAAAUGCCCAACAAGAGACUACUUUCCAGAGCAAAUCUAUUGGUCCCCUCUCUUGCACAAAGAAGUUAAGGAGAUAGAAUGCAGACGAAAGAAGCAACUUCUUAAGGAUGUAACAAAUCUGCAGGGACUAAAUGGAAAUGUCCAGGCAAAAUCUACGCAAAUUCUUCCAUCACAUGAUCUGCUGAGUACCAGAAUAACCCAUUCCUUGGGAAGUAACCAAAGUUUGUCGAAGCUGUUAGCUGAUUACAGAGCUCGAGGUGGUAGGAUAAAGAAUGAAGAAAUAGAUCCUUUUACACAGAAUAAAGAGGACAGCAAUAAAACAACCAUGAAAGAUGGGGAUGAGGAAAUCCAGCGAGCACAGACCCAGAAUGAGUUGAUGUGGGCAACAAAGGUGGACUGUUUGAGCCCUGCAAACCACCAGAAGCUUUGUGUUCUCUUCAGCAGUUCCUCUGCCCAGUCGAGCAAUGCACCAAAUCCAUGUGUCAGUCCAUGGAUUGUCACAAUGGAAUUUUACGGGAAAAAUGAUCUAACUUUAGGAAUAUUUUUAGAGAGAUACUGCUUCCGCCCAUCCUACCAGUGUCCCAGUAUGUUCUGUGAAACACCUAUGGUACACCAUGUACGUCGUUUUGUACAUGGCAAUGGCUGUGUGCAGAUUGUACUGAAAGAGCUUGAUUCUCCUGUUCCUGGCUACCAACACACAAUCCUUACCUACUCUUGGUGUAGAAUCUGUAAACAGGUAACUCCAGUGGUUCCACUGUCCAGGGAUUCAUGGUCCAUGUCGUUUGCUAAGUAUCUGGAGUUGAGGUUCUAUGGUCACCAGUACACCCGCCGAGCAAAUGCAGAACCUUGUGGUCACUCGAUGCAUCAUGAUUAUCAUCAGUAUUUCUCCUACAAUCAGAUGGUUGCUUCUUUCAGCUUUGCUCCAGUUAGAAUGCUUGAAAUUUGCCUUCCGCCGCUAGAAAUACACAUUAAACAUCAAAUGCCUUCAAAACAGUUGAUUGUCCAGGAUUUGAAGGAUUUUUCACAAAAGAUAUCGCAGAUCUAUUUAACCGUGGAUGAUCGGCUUGUCUCUAUGAAAAUUGACACAUUCAACAAAACUAGAGAAGAAAAAAUUGAAGAUUUAUUUGCACAAAAACAAAUGGAAGAAACAGAGUUUCGGAACUGGUUUGAGAAAACCCAGGCAAGAUUGUUGUCCUCCCCAAUUGACAACUGUCUACAGUUGCUAUUUGUGACUGAUUGCUUAAUUACCAAGAAGCAGAGCUUGUGUGAGUUAUUACAGGCUUGGAAUAACAGAUUACAAGAUUUAUUUCAGCAAGAAAAGGGACGCAAGAGGCCAGCGGUUCCACCAAGUCCUGGUAGAUUAAGAUCAACUGAAGAAACAAAGAGUAGUACACUGGAUUCUUCACCACGAAAUUCUUCCUCAGGACUGCAGAAUGGAGACAAAGAGGAUCGUUUAUUGACCAAUAUGGCAGUUUGCUGCACAAAUAAUGGCAGCUCUCAGUUACUCUCCACUCCAGAUGUAUGCACGGAACAGCCAUAUGCUGGGCCUGUCAUCCCUGCACUGUCUAUUACCAAUGACCAAGAUAGCAAUUAUGUUGAUGAUGUAUGUGAUGGACACCUGCUGGGCUCCUGUGACAGUCAAGUGAAAGAAAAGUCAACUAUGAAGGCCAUUUUUGCAAACCUACUUCCAGGAAGCAGCUAUAACCCCAUUCCCUUCCCAUUUGAUCCAGAUAAACACUUCCUUAUGUGGGAACAUGAGCGUGUCCCAAUUACCGUGUGUGAGAAGGAGCCGAGUUCAAUCAUUGCAUUUGCACUCAGCUGUAAAGAAUACAAGAAUGUCGUGGAAGAUCUUGGAAGAGAAUCUUUGAAGAGUGGAAGUGAUGAGAGCAUGCAGCAGAUAAAUAAUGCAGACAGAGCAAAAACCAACAGCCCUGCAAGGCACUUGGAAAGCAGCAGUAGUCAAGGGAAUCGCACGGCUGACUCUGAACAGAUAUCAAGAAAAACUUCUGGAGUUUUAUCAUUUUUCCGAGGUUCAGGGGGUAAAAGCCCCGAACUGUCCAUACAGAAAAAAGAGGCUUUACAAGGUGCAGAUAGUGCUUUUUUCCAGGUCACACAAUCAGGGAAAGGAGGGGCAGAGGAUCAUGCUGCAGAAUCACAAGAUGAUGGUGAUGAUGACAAACAAAAGAAGCAGCUUGGAAACACUCAUGUGGAACUGCAGUUUUCAGAUGCCAAUGCCAAGUUCUACUGUCGAAUCUAUUAUUCCGAAGAAUUCCACAAAAUGCGGGAUGUUAUUCUGGCAAGCAAUGAGGAUGACUUCAUCCGAUCUCUGUCUCACUGUGUACCAUGGCAGGCCCGGGGAGGCAAAUCAGGAGCAGCUUUUUAUGCCACAGAAGAUGACCGCUUUAUUCUGAAGCAGAUGCCUCGCCUGGAAGUCCAGUCUUUCCUAGAAUUUGCUCCUCAUUAUUUUAAUUAUAUUAUAACUGCCGUUCAGCAAAAGAGACCAACAGCACUGGCAAAAAUUCUGGGGGUAUAUCGAAUAGGCUACAAAAACUCGCAGAAUAAUACUGAGAAGAAACUUGAUCUUUUGGUUAUGGAGAAUCUUUUCUAUGGGAGAAAAAUGGCUCAGGUGUUUGAUUUAAAAGGUUCUUUGAGAAAUCGAAAUGUUAAAACAGAAACUGGAAAGGAGACAUGUGACGUGGUAUUACUGGAUGAAAACCUUUUAAAAAUGAUUCGUGAUAAUCCUCUUUAUAUUCGAUCACACUGCAAAGCUGUGCUGCGGGCAUCCAUUCAUAGUGAUGCAUAUUUUCUAUCAAGCCAUCUCAUCAUUGAUUAUUCUCUGCUCGUGGGCCGGGAUGACACAACAAAUGAAUUAGUUGUGGGAAUUAUCGAUUAUAUCAGGACGUUUACUUGGGAUAAAAAGCUUGAAAUGGUUGUAAAGUCCACAGGCAUCUUGGGUGGACAAGGGAAAAUGCCAACAGUGGUUUCCCCAGAACUGUAUAGAACACGAUUCUGCGAAGCAAUGGACAAGUAUUUCUUAAAGGUGCCGGAUCACUGGACAGGCCUGGGUGUGAACUGCUGAAAAGAUGGCAGCACUCAAGAUGACAACAUUACUGAAUGUAUGCUAAUGAGGAGGAUGAUUGUCCAUUUUGGAAGGAAUCAUUCCAUGAACAGCACUGAGUUAUUGACACUGAACGUUAAUAUUUCCCACAGUAUUGCAUCAGAACAGGAGGAAAUCAUUUACCAGUUUCCCUGAGAAGCAUUUAAUUUUGAAAUGUCAUUUGAAUGGUUAAAAAUUCCUCUUUAAAAAAAUAAGAGUGUACAUAACAUUUCAAAUCGUCCUAUUUGAGACGGUGUAUGAGACCUGCUAAACUUGAAGUUUGCUUCUACCUUGCGCUUUAAAAUAAAGAAUUGUGUGAUGAGGCUCAAUUCAUUGAGGGUUUGUCUCACAAAAGCACAGAACUAUUCUCAGACACUAGUUCAGUCUGUGUGUACACAUGAAUAGUAAUUGUUCUUUAUAAUUCCUUUUGCGAAAUGUAGAAAAAUGCAUGUUAUGACAUUUUUAAAACUUAUUCUCAGUGUGAAAGCUUGCUACUUCUGUAUUUGUACAAGCUGUACUGCCUGUAAGUAAAAGAUUGGAUAAAUUUCAGUGUUGACUCAACUGCCCCACUGCAAUAUGCAUCUUCAGGGGUACUUGGAGCUUGAAACGAUUUUUCAAAAUUCUGAACUGUGGCCAUAUUAGUGCUGUUUUAGAAAGAAGUUCAACUGUAGUAUUUAUCCAAUUGUUGCACUUUUCUUUUUGCUGUUACACGGGUACAGAAAUAGAUUUGUAAAUAGUCCUGAAAAUAGCAAAUAAUGUUAUGCUCCAGUUUCAUGCAGAUGUCUUUAGAGAACUAAUACUGGAAUAAAAUAUACAACAAAUCAAUGUAACAAUGAUUAAUAGUGCACUGUAAAAAGUUGUUUUGAUCAUGUUUAGGAACAGAUUAUCUGUAUCUAAGAUAUAAAAUCAGUUACAAGAUAAAAUUUACUUUAGAAGCUUGUUCAAGAGAACUACUACCAAAAUUAUCUUCAGAAAUCACGAGUCGUAAUGUUUUGCUUUACAGUAAAUUCUAAGAUGUUUUAUGAUGCUCAAAGUAGCUUAAUUCAUUCAAAACCUUAUUGAUAGUUUUGGAAAGAAUACCUUCAAAGGAUAGUACAAUAAAAUAUGAAGAGCAAAUGUAUGUCAAUUUGCUUAUUGAAGGCCUUAAUGUUGAUAUUUUGUUUGGCCAUUCACAGUGCCAUUUCAAAUUGUCACGUGUUUCAGAAAGAUGAUAGGGCAUUUAAGUUACUGAGAUGCAGCACAUUUCCUUCCAGCAUCUAAGGUACAUUUGUAAUUUAAACACUUCAAAAUGAUUUAUUACAAUUGAGAAUUUUUGUGCUAGUUUGCAUUACUGGUGCUAGUGUCACUAAUCACUUCUGUAAAUGAACAAUAUGUAUUCCACAAGCCAGAGUGCCUCUUUUUCUCUAACGGCAAGAGAAAUAAAGCAAAAAGGCCCAGAGAUGAAGCAGUGGCCUCUCUUCCAUUGGAUAAUCAUUGGAUAAUAUCACGUGUUAAAAUAUGUCUGGCAGGUUGAUGAGAGUGAAAUGAAGUAAGGCAGAAAGAUACUGAUGUGCAAUAUUAACCUUCUUUGUAUUCAACUCUCUUUUCAUGAAUAUAUUUACUGAUACGGAGGGUGAGUGAAAAAUGCAACAUAUUUGUUUACUAUUAAAUGGAUAUGUAAUGAUGUUUCAAUACAAAAUGUGUAUUUUUUCAUUUUUAAAGCAUUUUUCUAUUCUCAAAGUGAUUAAAAUGUCUUUUCUUCUUUUGAUCAUUUUCAAGAACACAUUGAUUAUUAAGAUAUUGUUACUUCUUCCUUGUACAAAGUGAUAUCAUGGAGUCAAGUCCACCUCAUGUCUUGCCUCUGGCUUUAGAUAAACUGGAUUAUGGCCAGACAGAUAAUGUAAUUCAGAACUUUUGAAUUACAGUUUUGAGUUGCAAACAAUGUUUUAAAAAAAGUUUCUGCAUUUUGUUUCUGAAACGUUAGAGCUUAAUUUUCUGGAAACUUUGCACUAUAACGGUGAUGCAUUAAUGAAGCUGUAACUCGUAACAUUUCCUGGAAAUAAAGGAGUUAUGCCAUUGUUGCAAUGAUCCA